UUGGCCAAUUUAACCCUCACGAUUUCCCUUUCAGAAUGAGUGGAAGUGGGACACAGUCUUUGUUUUUCCUCAGUCUCCCGGACCUGAGGAAUUUAUGUUGUGUAAAUCUGUUCUUCCCGAAAAGUUACGACGAAGGAGAGUUGAGAAACAAACAAUUGAAAACCUGCAGGGAGCUUGUUCUCUUGCAUUCAGAUGUUGUUGCCUCACCUCUGUUAGGCCAUUGUGGCGGCAUCACUGUUAUAAUGACUAUUACAUUUCACAAGAGAGGCAUCAUCCAGGCCUUUGCACAGAAACAUGGUCUUCAGCUCAACCUUCCUCAAAGGGUGUUUCCUGCCAUUCUGCAGACCUGUUUGUCUUAUUCAGUGACUGCUAAACUGGCCCCUAAAUGGAACAAAGCUGGCCAAUACCUAAUAGCUGGAAAGAAUUUCCUCAGUGACUCUGGAAAACUAAAUGCAGUUGUGCUUGAGCUGAGCAUCACUGAGACUCAGCUGUGUGUCAGUGUGGAAGCCAGCACGAUCAGACUGCCCCCAGCUGUGAUAAAUGAUUUUGACAUUCCUGCUCCUGUGGUGAAAAGCUUCCUCCAUACUGAUAAUGCUGUGCUGCAUACAGUCAGGCCAAAUAACUGGUGCCACGUUCUGCCGAGUCUGAAGAAAGGCCAAAUCAUCAGCAUCAGUCGCAGGAUUCCACAGGAAAGCCCAUUUCAAUCUUACACGGAGCUUCAAAACCACUGGAACAACAUGUAUGGAUAUCAGCUGCCCUCAGUGAGUGAAGAGGAGGUCAUCUACUGCAGUGUGUACUUCAAACUAAUAGGUGACAAGCCGUUCACAUAUCCGUUGUGCUGUAUACGCACUCAGCCAGUACAGUGCUUUCCCAGAGUGGACCUGCAGGGGGUGCUGGGAAGCUUUACAUCAGAUCUGCAGGCUGUACUGGAGAGUGUGUGUGGUUUCUCAGCUUGGAUCACCUGCAAGCCUUGCUACUACAGCAAUGAACUGAAGAGACCAGUCACGCAGUCCUCUGAGACCCUGCCUGUAAACGUGACAACAGAAAACAGCAGCAGGGCUGUACUGAACCAGCUUCCCAGCAGAUGCCCACGGGACACCGCGAAAAACCACUAUAGUCAGUGUGACUCAACUGGAAAACACACUGAAAAGAAAGAGAGACCCAGAUCUCUUGCCCCAAAAGACUGGACUUCCUCCAACUUGGCAACUCUGUCCUCUUCCUCUUCCACAAUUGUUCACUUUACUCACAUCCAGUCACAGUCUACACUUCCAAGACCAAGGCUUGUACCAAUCUUCAAAAACAAAUCAUACACCCACCGUAUGAACACGACUGAGAUCCUUGUGAAAGAACAGAAGCUAAAAGCAGUCAUCAAGCCCCUGUCACCGACUCGUCUGUCAUCGUCUUUCACACCACCAGCUCGUUCUAACCAGUUCUCCAGGCCUCCAGCCCCUGGGCGGAUGUCUUUACCAUUUUUUAAGAGUAAGGAAAAAAACGAUAGGAUUCUCCCACCCCUGCCUUUAGUACAGACACAGCUCCAAACCUUGCCUGAGAUCCCCAGCAAUAGAGGGGGAGACAAGUUUGAGUCAAAACCGAAGAAGGCCAAACAAAGUGUGCAGGAUGUGUGUGUGGAAGUGUAUGCGACGAACAAUCAGCUCUCAAAGGUCAAAGUAGUGACUCUGCAGGCAUGGUUGAAGAGUCGAGGGAUCAGUGUGAGUGCAAGGGAUAAGAAAGAUUUGCUAGUGUCAAAGGUUAUGCAAUGUCUGAGUGAAACUUAGGUGUGUUGGAUUGGGUUACUCACCAAAAAAAACACACUAUAGAGACCUUGCAUACUGAGUUUUUGUUCCAUUGAUAAACUCUGUUGACACUGACAGUUCAAUACGAUUGCCAUGAUUUACUACAUGUUCAUAACACAUUUGGCUACUGCCUUUUUCAAGUAAGACUUUGUAAGCUAAAAUCUGUUGUUUAAUUGGAUCUAGAGUUUAGAGA